GUUGUACGCUUGCGCGCACACGACAGUGUGUGUGAUAUGAAAAGAGAGGUAAACAGUUAGCAGUUAGCGUGCUAAAACGAAACAAAAAUGGACCCACAGAAAGAUCUGCAACCGCCCAAACAGCAGCCUAUGAUCUACAUAUGUGGAGAAUGUCACACUGAAAAUGAAAUUAAGGCCCGUGAUCCAAUCCGAUGCAGAGAGUGCGGCUACAGGAUCAUGUACAAGAAGAGAACAAAGAGAUUGGUUGUUUUCGAUGCCCGAUGAAGAAGAGGAGAGCAGCAGUUUUGAUUGUUAUUCUUCUGUACUAUUUUUGUAGUGUGUGAGCAUGUAAAUAGAUAGACCUCCAUGCUUGGCUCCAGAUUUCUAAAUUAAACUCACUAUUUUCAUGUCAGAACAGAUAGUGCUGUUUUUUUUUGUUUUUUUUUGUUUUUUUGCCCAAGAGUGAUGGAUGUAAUUUGUGGUUUAUUAAAAACAUGAUUUUCACUGAUCGUGACUGUUUUCACUAGUUUUUCUUAUUUGUUAUCUUUCAAAGUAAUGUCUAGAUGAAUACUGGAACAUGAAUUAUGACAUUUAGCCUUUUAAAAGCUAAUUUCUCAAUUCUUGUACAUGUUUCUCUAUUCAUUUACUUUCUCACUGUGGGAGAUAGUUAACCAUUAUUUAUCUUUCAGUUUCAGUUAUAAUAUGUUCAUAGCCUAUUUCAGUGGUUCUUUUAUGGCUUACGAGCCCUUAAAAAAAAUCAAUCUCUUGUUUCCUUUGUUUG